CCUUAGCAGACUCCCAGGGAACAAGUAAUUUUAGGGCAAACUAUAUAUGUGCGAGUGUUAGCGCCGCAACAAGCUUUGCCUUGCCAACUUACAUGAUACAACGUCCAGUAACAGUCGACGAGAGACCCCUUCGGCUUUCCACCCGACAAGGACUGCUUGGUUUGAUAGGUGUUUAUAGCAACCCACCAUAGGGUGUGUGAGUAUCUAGUUCUCUGGCGAAGCGUAAUGGAGUCCGCUGAGUCCACUCAGUUCACCGAGCUAACAGCCUGUGCUACCUGCGGCACUCUGUGGAAGCGUGAAUUUAAGAAUGGCGCAGAGCAACUUGAAAUUGUGGCGAAGCGACUUCGCAAGGAACCGCAUCUUACCGAACCGCCGAACGGCCACCGAAUCGUCUUCUGGAAGUGUCAUACAUGCGGGGCUGACCAUAUAGACGAUACAUGGACGGAGCUCCUGGCUACAGUGGGUGUGCGCGACAGCACAGCAGCGGCAGCGGCGCCUUUGUCUACCCCGGCUAAACCGAGCCCCUCAGGGAACAACCCCUUUCAGGGGUCACCAUCCCACCUUCUGCGACCACCCGUGUUGCAGCGCUAGGGCGCCUAACGACGCGAUACUACCUCCUAAAGCCGCUCUACGGUUCGGCCCGUUUGAAAGGCCGUAGGGGCGGUGCCAUGCGUCUACAUAUCCGUGAUGACAUCCCAAUUGAUGGCCAUCUGAAGAGCUUAUUAACGGCACCGAAAGGUGUGCUGCAUGCUGUAUAAGGCAGCCUGCCUACGCAGCCGUUGUAGAACGCCGUUGCCGCCGUUGCUCUGUUGUGAGCAUAGCGGUAUUGUGAUGGGUCUUUCUCCAUGCAGGCGCCGUGAUCUGGUAGCGAUCGAGGCGCUUGGACUGGCGCAGGUGUUGUAUGUAAACUGACCCAAAUGGUGAUUUCAGCACAGGGUUGGUAAAGAGUGUUGGAGUUGGUGACUGUAGCAGGGUUUGGUGUGCCAGCGUGAGUGCGUUGAUCCCGCCAUGUCCGUGGCUUCAUGCCGCCAAUCAGGAUGUACCUGCGGGUGGGAGCCUUUGGGAACCACCCUUGAGGCGAUGCAGGCAGGGCGGGGAAUGACGAAGAAGAAGAGAGUUAGGGUGUGUAGGGCUGGAUUCGACACGAGUUUGGCAAACUGACGACAUGACGAGGUACCGGUAGCAGCCGUGAGCAUGAAGACAUAUGCGGGUACGAGGAGUCUAGGGGGUCAUUUGGAUCCGUGACCAGUUUCACCGGCUUGCAUUUGAUGGGUUGCGAUGAAAUUAUAUGCAUUGUUGCUCAGGUGCAGCAUGCGUCCCGCAGUUUUGGGAAACAGGGGGAUGCGCUCCUUUUCCAGCUUCGAGGGAGUUGGCACCUCUUGUCUCGCUAGCCCCCAGUGGCCGAUGGGAUGUGGACGUUGGCACCAGUGAUCGCCUGUGCUGUGGGCUUGGUACAGUCCAUAUGGCUUCCGGGUGCGAGAGCUGAGGAGUAUGUAUGUGUCUCAGUCUGCGCGUGUGAGUCACUGCACUGUGGGCACUAACACGGCUGUAUGCGUGUACGAUGAUAACGCGUAGCUGCCACCACCGCCUUCUAAGCCGGCGACCGAGAACGUGUAGUGUGAGACAUCAACAGAAGACCGGGAAUCUGGGCGCGUUACAGAACGUUUGCUCAUUUGUUACCGCACUGGAUGGCUUCGUUCAGGGCAUCGUUUGCUCUUUCCAAGAACAACCACCAUUUGUUAAAGUUGGUGUCCCGGACGCCAUAGUA